AUGGAAGCUCCUGCCCCAACCAUCCCUGCCUAUAACUCCUCGACUCAGCAACCUCGACCUGCACCACCCCCUCCUGCUCGUCCCUUGGUACCACCUCCCGCUCCAGUCAUCACCUCUGCCGCCCCUACUACCCUCAACGGCCACGUCCUCACAUCCGAAGAGCAAGGUUGGAUCAACAACCGACAACUUCCCAACAGUGCAACAGACGCUGGCAUACGUGCUAGGGCCUUCCUCAAUUGCAAUGACCUUUGCAUUGGUGCCGCAAGGCGGGGCACAAGAGUUGAUGGGGAGAGGUUCUAUCGGGCUCUUGAAGAUGAUCUCAAUGAUGACAACCCCUUGUUGGUCCCUCUCAUCAUUGUCAACAUCGGUCUUUCGGCUGACUCUCCCAUUGCUACAGGUCUAUUUGACCCUGGUGCGGCGAUCAAUACCGUCAGCGAGAGUUUUGUGAAGAUGGCGGGGCUGAGGAAAGAGAAAGUGACACCCUUGAAAACUCGGAUGGCAGAUGGGCGACCUGGACCGCAUGUUGAUACCAGAGUCAGGGUGGAUGUUUUUAUUGGUCAAACUCUUUACAAGAACUCCCCUUUCCUCAUUAUCCCCACUUCUUGUCAUGUCGACCUCAUUCUUGGGCUCCCCUUUUGUCUCCAACACCGUUUGCUGGAAGGUGCUGCGCGGCUCGACAAACUUAUCUAA